AUGCCUACUCAAAAGUUCCGUUUUCGACCACCUAAACAAUCCCAGCAGAGGAAAAGAGAAAGAGCAAAAGAAACUGAAGAACAGCUACGCAAGAGAAAGAGGGAAGACUCAGAAAGGCAUGCAACAUUACGAGCGUCACAGAGUCAACUUCACAUCCAUCUAUCUAUCUAUCUAUCUAUCUAUCUAUCUAUAAAACAUCUAUGUCGUGCUGUUUCCCCUGUCCAUCUGUCUGCGUCUAUAAACGCUGUAUCUCCGAUCCUGCACUUGUCCUUGUCCUUAUCUAUCUAUCUAUCUAUCUAUCUAUCUAUCUAUCUAUCUAUCUAUCUAUCUAUCUAUCUAUCUAUCAUAUUUAAUAUUCCCCCCAGGGAUAUAUGUGGCACAAAGCCUAACAGAUCUAUCUAUCUAUCUAUCUAUCUAUCUAUCUAUCUAUCUAUCUAUCUAUCUUACUGUUGUGCAUUGUGGGAAUCUAUUAAGGUCAGUUCAGUCUAA